AUGGAUACUCUGUUAAUAGUGGUCUUUCCUCCCUCUUUUGUAGUCAUGCGGAGGAACCCCUUCAUGGUGGACGGCUGCUGUAGGAAAGGGUCCCGCAACGCCCUACAGGAGCUCUACAACCCAACGCAGCCGGAGUUGUCUGGAGCCGCCGUGCUCCACCAGGCCAGGCGGGACCAGGUGGUGGACGCCUGUAGAGUCUAUAGCGCAUCCAGCCGCAAGCGCAGAGUCCUGACGCCCGGAGACCUCAAACACCUCGUGGUGGACGAGGACCACGAGCUCAUCUACUGCUACGUCCCCAAGGUGGCCUGUACCAACUGGAAACGGGUCAUGAUGGUGCUGACCGGCCGGGGCAAAUACAGUCACCCAAUGGACAUCCCUUCCAAUGAAGCCCACAUCCCUUCCAACCUGAAGACACUGAACCAGUACACCAUCGCUGAGAUUAACCACCGGCUCAAGAACUACCUCAAGUUCCUCUUCGUCCGCGAGCCUUUCGAGAGACUGGUCUCGGCAUACCGCAACAAGUUCACCCUCAAGUACAACUCGUCCUUCCACAAGCGUUUUGGCACCCGCAUCAUCCGCCGGUACCGCAAGAACGCCACGCAGGACGCCCUGCUCAACGGCGCCGACGUCAAAUUCAAAGAAUUCGCCGAGUACCUGGUAGACCCGGCGACGCAACGCGACGGCCCGCUCAACGAGCACUGGCAGACAGCCUACCAGCUGUGUCACCCGUGUCACAUCCACUACGACCUGGUGGGCAAGUACGAGACGCUGGAAGAGGACGCCAACUACGUGUUGCGGCUGGUGGGCGUCGGCGACUCCUUGCGCUUCCCGAGUUACGCCAAGUCCACCCGCACCACAGAUGCCAUGACAGCCCAGUUCUUCAGCAAUAUCAGCACCCAGCAGCAGAUCCAGCUUAACCAGCUCUACAAGUUGGACUUCCUCAUGUUCAACUACUCCACACCCAGCUACCUCCGGCUGGACUGAUGGAGGGCCGAGACUCUGAGAAUGGCGACCUUGUUUAAGCAGAGGCAACAAAGUGAGCGGAGGGAUUGUUUUUGGAGGCAAACUUGAUUUUUAUUUAAACUGUCGUUGUAACUUGUAGGCGUUGGGGUCUGAAUUAGAAACAGUUGCUGAAAGAGAGAAAGGUAAUGCUCAUCUGGGCAUAACUGGGAGGAUGUCCAAUCGACACUGUGUGAGCUACAGAGAGCGCUGGUUGGGAAUUUGGGAUAAAUGGACCAAAUGCAUGCAAAGACUACAGUGGGUGGGUGAAGCAGGUCUUCAAGGUGUUUUAAAAAGGGGAACCUAUCCUCAGAGGACGGACCUGAAGAGGGUUCCUCCUGACGAUGUACCCCUACUUGUUUAAACAAACUGCUUCAGAUUCUACAAAGCGAACAGCGGCCUCGCACGCGCCCUGACCCCAAAGCAUUGUGGGAGCUACGCUUAUCUUGCCCUUCCCCCUUUGAUCAGUAGAGGAACUCCGUCAAAUUGUAAAACAUUGUUCAUUUCCUCAGCGCGGUGCGUUAGCACCCGUCACCGUCGACCCACGUCAGAACCAUACAGGCACCCUGGUAGGCGGCUACCGGCUCUCAAGACCUCUACAACCGUGACGAUGUGGCCUUCAGCCGACAGUUUUAACAAAAUAAGUUUGCCACUGGUCUAUAAUUACAAUGUUGGCAGAGGGGACCUUCUGUGUACCACCUUGAGUACCCCAAGGGAAACGGAGUCUUGGUGAAGUGUGGAAGUGCUUCAUGAAUCAUUGCCUGUGACACCAAGCAUCCUUAACACUUUGAGCUACUACAGGAAGACGUUAGAAAGGUACGGGGGUCCUCACGAGCUCGGAGUGACAAGUCUGAGAGAUAAGAGACAGCCUGUAUGAUUGUGGA